CACGAUCAGCUGAUUGGAAUUUUCCCAUGUCGCUCAGUGUUCGGAGAGCUUCGACCACAGAAAAAGGUCUAGCAGAGACUUAGUUUAUGCCAUCGAAGUGGAUAAGACACAUUCGCUCCGCCAUGAAUGGUCUCAACAAUAACAUUAUACCUGGAGAGUGCCAGCUGCCCUCCCAGCAAGAAUGUAUGGAGGUAUGGCGAUCAUCAGAUGCAGUGUGUUUUGAUGUAGAUUCCACAGUCAUAACCGAUGAGGGACUGGAUCAGUUAGCAGCCUUUUGUGGAAAGGGAGAGGAGAUAAAAAAAAUGACAUUGCAAGCCAUGCAGGGUAGGAUGGAGUUUAGAGAUGCCCUGAGAAUGAGGCUUAACAUUCUUCGACCAAACCUCGAAACAGUACAACGAUUUGUCCGAACACACCCACCGAAACUCACGAAAGAUGUUGGGAGGCUGGUGUCUUCCCUGCAUGCACGUGAUGUAGAUGUUUACCUUGUGUCCGGGGGAUUCCGAUCCCUUAUUGCACCUGUGGCAAAAAUGCUUAAUAUCCCCUUGGAGAACAUUUUUGCUAACAGAUUAAAGUUCUUCUACGAUGGAGAAUAUGGUGGUUUUGAUGAAGCACAACUGACUAGCAGGUCUGGCGGCAAGGCUGAAGUAAUUUCUUACUUGAAAAAGAAAGAAGGAUAUUCCAGGAUUGUUAUGAUUGGUGAUGGAGCAACAGAUAUGGAAGCAUGCCCACCUGCUGAUGCCUUUAUAGGUUUUGGAGGAAAUGUUGUCAGAGAAAGUGUGAGGAACACUGCAACAUGGUAUGUUACUGACUUUGCCACUCUCAUUAAUGAGCUUGAGAGAAAAGACUAAGAACACAUAAGAACAUUGAUCUGAGUAAAUGGCAGAUUUCAUUCUUUGAAAAAUCUUGAUAAUCUUACUACCAGCUGUGAUCUGUGUAACUGUAGCUUUUAAAUCAUGGCCACGACCUUCCAUGGGAUGAAGACCCAGCAGUCUUCUUUUAUAUAUAUGACACUAGAGCAGAAUAUGAUCAGAGUGACCAAGCUACCAAGUAUAAUUUUUAAAAAUACAGUUAUGUAAUAACAGAAGCCAAUCAUAAACUGCCCAUGAAUGUGACUCAAGAAGAAUCCUAAAAUACACCUCUAAAUGUCUUAAUUGCAGAAGCAUAGUGCCAGUUUGGUUGUCUCAUUUUACUAUUUUUCUGAUGUCAUCACAAAUGAGCAUUAUAUAAGUGAAAGAUUCAUGUAUGUAUAUAUAUUUUUUUGUUUUUUUUUAAUGAUUAUUUACAAUAUUUUUUAUUUUAAUGGAAAUAUAUGUUCCUAAUAAGAAUGUAUUUCAAUGAUAUAUAAACAGGUUUAAUACAUAGGAAGGAAUUCAUAAAAUAUCUGUAAAUGUUAAAUGAAAACCCUUAACUGUAUAAAUGUCAUUUAAUUAGAAAUAAUAUCUUUUCAACUCAGGAAAAAAAGGUUACUACAUCUUUCAGUGGCUUCCGCAUGUAGAAUAGGGUUUUUCACAGUAUAAAUAUAUAAAGUCAACCGUGAGAAGUUGGAUAUGGAAACCAAUGUAAUAUUUGAAGCACCUCACUGAAUAACUGUAUUUAAUCAAUGCUAAUUAUGUAUCUAUGUGUAUUAUUGGGGUUUGUAUUUGCUUACGUAUAGAUAUAUAUGUGCAUGAUUGUGCAUUUAUCCUUACAUUUUAGUAUGUUUUAUGAUACAGUAUGUUAUAAAAACAUUUAUUAAACUAAUCAAUCUUUAACAGUUUUAGAGUAGAUUUGUAGAAUUUGGUGCUAAUAUUUUACAGUUGUCUUUCAGAUGUUUAACAUAAAUAUUCUUAACUCAAGAAGUAUUCAGGGCAUAUAUUUAAAGUAAACAAGAUUUUAUAAAAAGCUUAAAAUUAUAUUUUGCACUUACAUACAAGACCUCUGCAGUGAGACAACCAAACAUAGAGCUGUUCUCUGAAACCUUGGUAUAUUUAUAUAACUAAUGUACCAGCAGUGUAACUGAAUUGUAUAUAUUACAGUAUCUAGUUUUUUGCUAAUUAUUUUAUACAUGACAUAUGCACAGAUAUCAGUUUGUUUGUGCAUGUAUUGUAUGUGUUCAUGUUCCUAAGAAAAGAAUAGAUUUAAGCGUUUGUAUCUCAACUUUCAUUUUCGGCUGUUAUUAAAACCGGUGAUUUAAGGUAAGUUGAUAUAAGUGGAAGAACAGCAUUUAUAUCACUCUGAUAUUGUCUCAGAUUUGAGUUUUUAUACACUUAAAGGUUAUUUCUCUUUCAUGUAUGUUUGAAUAUUAAGAAAUUAAUUAUAUCACCAGUCACAUCUUAUUAAUUUAUUUUUUUUUACUGCUUUACACACAUUCCAGAUCCAUUGUCACUGGUUAUUUCAUUCAUUACCUUUCUGGGUUAAUAUUAUUUAAAGUAAUGUGAAUAUUUAUGUACAACAGCCUCUAUUUUUUUUACUAAGAUGAAAUAUUUAUUGAAAACUUUGACAAACAAUGAGAUCAUUGUUCAUUGUAUUAUGAUAUACUCAUCUUCACCUUUUCUUACAUAUGCAGUUUGCAGUGGUCAUAUAUGUACUCAAUCAUGAGGGACAUCAGUUUUUCACUUUAUUUCCAGUGUUGUUUACCUUCACUUUAUGUGACUUGAAGAAACUGUAUUUUAGGUAACAAUUUGGAAUUAGGUAUUCACUUACUUUCUAAGGCUUGUAUUAGUAAUGUUUUUUCAUGUGUUGCACCAUCAUGUCAGGAAAGACAAAUAAAUAGGAAAUUGAAUUAUA